AUGCCUGGCUCCUGUGGCCCAGAGUUUGCCGUCCCAUCGGUUGCCUCCACUCCCAGAGUCGGCUUUGGAUCUGCAGGGCCCAGCUGGGGAGGUCUUGGCUGUGGAUAUGGAGGUCAAGGUUAUGGUCUCGGCUCUGGGUAUGGAGGUCUGGGCUUAGCUCACGGUUAUGGUCUCGGCUCUGGGUACGGAGGUCUGGGCUUAGCUCAUGGUUAUGGCCUCGGCUAUGGUUACGGUCCUGCAGUAGCUCAAACUUCUGGAAGUCUUGGCACCCUGGCUGGAGUCGUCCCUUCCUGCAUCAACCAGAUCCCACCAGCAGAAGUCGUGGUCCAGCCACCACCCACCGUUCUGACCAUCCCAGGACCCAUCCUCUCUGCCACUGGUGAACCAGUUAUGGUGGGAGGCAAUGCUCCAUGUGCCAUUAGUGGCACUGGUGUGGCCAGUGCAGGCUUCUAUGGAGGGCUGGGAGGUCUUCAUGGGGGCUGGGGCUCCCGUUUAGGCCUGAGGAGGGGUUCAUUGGUUGGAAAAAAUAUUCUAACUGGACGUCGUGGAAGCAUCUGUUAA